AAGCAAAGUUCGAUGUUACACUUAUAGUGGAUGAAGGACUUACAGCACUUUCGAAUAUGAAUGUUAUAAGCGAAACAAAGGUAGACAAUAAAAAGGUGGUGAAAUUCGCAACUACUCCAUUAAUGUCAACAUAUCUUGUUGCGUUUGCUGUCGGUCAGCUGGAGUAUAUCGAGGGUAAAACAAACGGAGAUUGUUUGGUACGAAUAUAUACAGUGGCAGGUAAGAAGAACCAGGGCGAAUUUUCUCUAGAAGUUGGAAUAAAAGCGCUAGAUUGGUACAGUAAAUGGUUUGGUAUCGAUUAUCCAUUACCCAAAUGUGACCUCGUAGCCAUUCCCGAUUUCAGCAUGGGUGCCAUGGAAAACUGGGGCUUGGUAACAUAUCGCGAGGUAGCAUUACUGGUUGAUCCAGCCAAAUCUUCUACACGACAAAAAUCUCGUAUCGCACUCGUUGUCGCUCAUGAACUUGCUCAUCUUUGGUUUGGUGAUCUUGUCACAAUGAAAUGGUGGACCGAUCUGUGGUUAAAAGAAGGUUUCGCUUCGUUUAUGGAGUACAUGUUUGUUGGUGUUAAUUAUCCGGAUUUUAAAAUAUGGCUUCAUUUUGUUAAUGAUGAGCUUGCAUCAGGCUUUGACUUAGAUGCUUUGCGAAGCUCUCAUCCGAUCGAGGUUGAAAUAGAUAAUCCUAAUGAAAUGGAUGAAAUCUAUGAUAAUAUAACGUACGCGAAAUCAAAUUCAAUCAACCGAAUGUUGUGCAAUUAUUUGGGUGAAGAGAUAUUCCAAAAAGGGUUACGGAUAUACCUUACGAGGUUCCAAUACAGCAAUGCAGUCACUACUGAUUUGUGGAAUGCGCUGAGUGAAGCUUCCGGUCAGGACAUUGAAACGUUAAUGUCAACAUGGACAAAACAAAUGGGUUAUCCUCUUGUUAGUGUUAGUCAGGAAAUUAAUGGAAAGAAAAGAAUCAUAAAAAUGAAUCAGAAAAGAUUUCUCGCUGAUGGCACUACUGAUGAAAAAAACUCGCUAUGGCAGAUUCCAAUCACGAUCUCCGUAUCAUCUGAACCGGAUAAAAUAAAAGAAAGAGUUCUGUUGAAAGAAUUUGAGCACGAUGUUACGAUUAAUGAUGUAGACCCUAAGGACUGGAUAAAGCUGAAUGUCGGAACUACAGGUUUUUAUCGUGUUUUAUAUUCAAAUGAUAUGUUACAAGCGCUUUUACCUGACUUUGCAACCAAAAAGAUUCCCGUACUUGACCGAUUUGGCAUUGCAAACGAUAUAUUUGCACUGGUGAAGUCUGGACGACAAUCAGCAAAACAGUUUUUGUCAUUGCUUGAAUCAUCCUCAAAUGAAGAUGACUACACAGUGUGGAGUACUCUUGAUUCAGGCAUUUCUGCGUUGUCGAAUGUAUUAUCACAUUAUGACCCCAUUAUGCGUUCGAAAUUUAAUAAAUUUAUUGUUAAAAUUUUAAUACCAGUGGCAAAUCGACUUGGUUGGGAAGCUAAACCGAAUGAAGAUUCCCAAAUAGCAUUAUUGCGAGCGUUAAUUCUUGGUCGAUUAGGUCGUUGCGACCAUGAAGAAACUAUUAAAGCAGCUAGAGAGAAGUUUCUAGAACAUUUCAGAAAUAAAACUGAGCUUCAUCCAGAUUUGCGACUUACGAUAUACGGAAUGAUGGGAAGGCAUUAUGGUAAAGAGGGAUUUCAAGAACUGAAAGAGAUUUACGAAACUGCAGGAUUCGGUGAAGUAGAGCGAAAUUGCAUUGUGGCGAUGCCGCAAACAUCCGAUGUAGAUUUAUUGAAGGAAGUUUUCGAAUACGGCAUUAAAAAUGGCAAAGUUCGUCCGCAAGAUAUCAUUUAUCUCUUCUAUGGUGCAUGUGUGAAUAAGUCGGGGCAAGAUUUUGUGUGGAAAUAUUUCAAGGAUUCUACCAAACUACUGCUUCAAAAAUUUGGUGGUGCAAAUAGUUCGCUUUUCCAGCAUUGUUACAGAACUAGUGCUGAUUGUCAGUGCUCUAGUGUAAUGGUAAAAGAAGUUGAGGACUUUGUUUGCUCGUGUCUAGAAGCAGAUGAAGCUCGAACGCUUAAUCGCACCACGCGGCAAAUCAUGGAAUCAGUGCAUUUGAACGAGCAAUUGUUGAAGCGCAACGCAGACGUUAUCAAUGAAUAUCUUGCUGCUGCAGAUUUCUGAACCAGUUCUUUCCCACAUGCAGAGAUUGAACUCCGGUUAUUUUUUGCUUUUUGAUUAGUAUUUCUUUGGACUAUUUUUGAAAUUAAUUUUGAUGUUCCGGAGAGGAAUAUAAAAAACUUGUUCGUGUCUAGAAUUAAGGAUAAAAUAAUUUACAUUAAGCCCUCCAAUGAAUUUCAGCUGCGUUUUUUUACUCCUUCAAAAUGUUCGUUAUUUUACUAUCUCUUUUCUUGUUUUUUCGCCUCUAGUAUGCCUUGUUGAAACUUUCAAUAUUUUUAAGUUAUAUAUUCGUAAAAAAUUUACUUGGUUUCUGUGACUUCCAAUCAGGAAGCGUUGAAUGGUAAGGGAAUUCUUUUAUCUCGUGCACCUAGCAUUUUAAAUUCCAUAU